AUUCAAUAGUGCAUUGGUGAUCAAUGCACAUUAAUUUCCACUCUCCCAAUUAAAACCAUACGUGCUACAGAUUUACAUUUUUCUUAUAGAUCUGUCGCAUGCAUUUUUGGGUUUGCAUUUGGGUGCCUGUGGAUUUUAGCAAAAGUUGCAUAGGGAUUUCUGAUUCCUGUCGUGGUUAUUGAUCAUGGCUCGUUUUAAUGAAAAUCCUUUUGCAGAAGAAGCUAACGUGAAUCCGUUUGCGAAUACUGGAGGUGCCGCCCGUGGUUCAACAGUUGAUAUUCCUCUUGAUAGUGCAAAGGAUCUGAAGAAGAAGGAGAAGGAACUACAAGCUCGAGAGGCUGAUCUGAGAAGAAGAGAACAAGAAGUGAAAAGGAGAGAAGAGGCCUUAGCAGGAGCUGGUGUUCUUGUAGAGGAAAGGAAUUGGCCACCAUUCUGCCCUAUCAUUCAUCAUGAUAUUGCAAAUGAAAUUCCAAUCCAUUUACAGAGGAUGCAGUAUGUUGCAUUCACUACGUUGUUGGGUUUGGCGGGUUGUCUUCUAUGGAAUUUUUUAGCAACAACCUGUGUUUGGAUCAAAGGAGGAGACCCUGGUGCUUGGUUUUUUGCUCUUAUCUACUUAUUCGGUAUUCCAUCAGCAUACUUUUUGUGGUAUCGUCCUCUUUAUCGUGCGAUGAGGACUGAUAGCGCGCUGAAGUUUGGCUGGUUUUUCUUAUGUUAUGCGAUUCACAUUGUAUUCUGCGUCUUAGCUGCUGCGUCACCUCCAUUCGUCUUCAGGGGGCAUUCAUUAACUGGUUUCUUGAAUGCAAUUGAUCUUAUAGGCUGGAAUUCCAUAAUCGGGAUAUUCUUCUUCGUUGGUGCAGCAUUCUUCUCUGUUGAAUCGUUGAUCAGCAUAUGGGUUAUUCAGCAAGUGUUCAGUUAUUUCCGAGGAAGUGGCAAAGCCGCGGAAAUGAAGAAACAGGCUGCAAGAUCAACAAUUAACGCGGCAAUAUAAACUAACAUUUGGGGAGUGAAGGCGUACGCGUAGUUUUGGACUUUGGCCUGUUGUAUUCUUUCAUUCUUUCUUCUCAUGCCUUAGCUAGAUAAGCUUUUGCGGAUGUGACUACUCACGUACAUAUAUAGUGAUGUCCCUUGCCUUUGGCUAUACUAGUGUAUCGUUAACCUUUAAUAUCACGAAGUAUUUUCGCAAAAAUAACGUUUAGUCGUAUAUUUCCCAUUUAUGGGAGUUUUCUUCGUACUACAAGAACAGAGUUGUACGAAUAUAGAGAAUCAUCAAAAUGUUUGAUUUUUA